GUUUUUAAUGCGGAAAUAUAUAAACGACCCCCCAGUACAUAAGGCCGCAACAUAAUUAAUUAGAUUCCAAAUUUCGACAAAAGGGAAAGACCAUCCGCAACCGCAUGACUAACUCCGCCAUUUCCCUCCUCCUCCUCCUCCUGACGGCGGCGCUAAACGUCUCCGGAGCACCAACAGCAUAUGAGGCGCUAAGAAACUUCAACUUUCCCGAAGGAAUUCUCCCAAAAGGAGUAAUCGGUUACAAACUGGAUGAAUCAAACGGCGAUUUCCGCGCGGAUCUGAACGGUUCGUGCAAUUUUUCAUUGGACGGUUCGUAUCAAUUGAGUUACCAAUCAACCAUCACCGGCCACAUAACAGAGAAUAGACUCACCAAUCUCAGGGGUAUAAGCGUCAAAGUACUUUUCUUCUGGGUAAAUAUUCUUGAGGUUGUUCGGAAGGGUGAUAACCUUGAUUUCUCUGUUGGGGUCGCUUCUGCGUCUUUUCCUUUAGAUAAUUUCUUUGUUUCUCCACAGUGCGGUUGCGGUUUGGAUUGCGAUUCUAUAAAAAUAAGAAAACUCAAAUUGCCAAUAAUAAACCCUUCUCUUUCCUCUUCUUGAUUACAAUCCUUUUCACAUGUGGUCACAUUAUUCACACCUCAAAUUGAAGUCGUGUUUGGUUUUCCACACUUUGUAUUCUUACAUUUAAUCACUUCCAUUUUUUAAGUGUUUGUCAUGUCUGGUGUGUGGUCGCUCUUGAGCAUGAUGCACCUCCAAGGACACUAUCUAUAUUAUGUAUAAUAUUAUAUAUGUACCUCAAUGUUGUUUAUUUAUAAAAAAAAUGGUAUAUUAAAUGAUAUAUUUUGUCAAUUGUUCGUUUUAAGCAUGUAAUAUGUAAUAUAAAUUAUAGAAUGUUUGAUGUAUCAAGGGGAGAGAUCAGAUUCUAGCU